AUGAGUGAGUCGGUGCACUUCGAAACACGAAGUUCUAAAUUGGUCCAAGGCGAACUUGCGGCCCAACGAAAAGGAUGGGCUCUCAUAUUGUGUCUGCAAAUACCUCGGAGCUACAAUUAUUCAAGACUGGACUCUGAUAUGGCAUCUAACCCAUCACAAGCUCAAAAAUCAAGAUGGGGGAACUUCCUCUCCAGUGUGGAGUCCAGGCUGGACACGAUACUGACCGAGGACGAUCCCAAGGCGCAGACAAAGCCGGAUGCAACGAUCACAGAGCAACCCGGCAAAAAGGAAACUAUGGCAAUACCUGCAAGGCCAAACAGCCCCGCAAAGCCCGCGUCCUCGAACCGAGCCCAGGAGAGAUUGAACGAGAAGCUGGCCCGAGCGAUGGCGAAUAAAAACAUAGCUAAGAAGGGAGACGGAAGCGUACUGUCUUCAGGCGUGCCUUCUAGGACGGCAAGCCCAGCGAAUGUGGAGAGCUCAAGAAGCAGUGUCGAGGUGCAGAGAGAAGAAGAUGGGAUCAAAGACAGCCGGAAGGACGAAAUACCAAUGAAUAUGGAGCAAGAAGCGACGUCUGGUGCCCAAAACGACGAGAGGAAAGAUACCAACGAAGCCUCUGCAUCAAUUUCGGUCACAGCCGGUCCAGACGAGACCAAGGUGAAUGGUUCCAAUGAAGAUCUCCACCCACCACGCUCUUCUACUGAAUCUCGAGAGCCAAAAUCUAGAAGGCAGUCGCCUGACAUGAAGGAUAUAAUUAUGCUGGAUGAGUCAAAAGUGCCUCAUCUCAACGGACGUAUCAGUUCUGUAGAUCUGCACAUACCUGAAGGGUACGAGCGGUCAAUUCAACAAAUACAAUCCGACAACGAAGAAGCGGAAAUUAGGAGACAAGAAGAGGCACAAGAGUAUCUGGAAAAGAUUGAUACUUUGCAGGCUAAGCUUCAGUAUCUUACAAAAGAGGCUUCGGAGGCUGCACGAGCAGCUUCGUCAAACGCCGAGACUGGUAGUCAUGAACAAAAGCUAGCAGCCAAGGAUGAGAAAAUUGCUCUUUUGAUGGAGGAAGGCCAAAAACUGUCUCAAACCGAAUUGAAACAUAUGACAGUGAUCAAAAAGCUACGAGCUAAGUCAGCAGAGGACGAUAAAUCUGUCGUCACAUCGAAGCAACGAGUUGAGAGGCAGGACCAAGUCGCUCGGGAGGCCCAAGAAAGAGCUAAACGCGCAGAGGCUAGCGAGAAGUCGAUUGCAGAAAAAUUGAAAGGUCAAUCUAAGCUUGAGAAAGACCUCAAUUCUCUCCGGUCUGACCGCGAUACCAAAGACUUGCUGAUUAGGGACCUACAAAUGCAGCUAUCUGAGGCAACAUCCGCCGCGAAGGAAGCUGAAGAGACAUUUCGAGCCGAAGCACUGGAGACGCAACGAAAGCUGGCAGCAGAUCUCUCAGAGGAAAUCUCAAACAUCAAGCAUGAAAAGGAGCUCACCGAAAAGGAGCACCAAAAUGUCUUACGAGGGAUCAAAGACAAAGGAGAGCGGGAGAAAGAACGAGCCAGGGUGGCAGAGAUUGAGCGGCAGGGCGAGCUGAAUACUCUUGAAAGCAGAUUAGAAGCAUACCGUUCUCGCGCAGAAGAAGCAUCCGCUGGACAAGGUGGAGAUGUGCAAGCCAAAUUGCUGAGGCAGAUUGAGACGCUACAAAACCAGUACGCGGUAGCUAGCGAGAAUUGGCAAGGUAUUGAGGGAUCGCUUUUGUCAAGAGUAACAACUCUGGAGAAAGAACGGGAUGAGAUUGCAAGGAGGGAAACCGACAUAAGGCGUAAAGCUCGCGAGAAUAACUCAAAGUCGAGGCGAAUGGAGGAAGAACUCGAGAGGGUUACUUGCACGAGUCAAGAUCUUGACUCCGAGCGAGCGAUUCUGACAUCUCAACUCAACCUCCUCAGAGAUCAGCUCAACAAAGCUGAGUCCGACGUAAAUUCAACUCGAAUCGAACUCAAGGCCGAGCGUGAAUCUUGGGAAACACGUCAAACCCAGCGUCUUGAAGAGGAAAGACUCAGAAUUCGAGAUGAAUUCUCCAGGUCGGUCCCCGGAAAUCUUUACACCCACAUCCGAAACGAAUCCCCAAUCGUCCCAAACCGCCCCCGUAAAUCUUCUAACGCAGCCGACCGCUCAAGCCCUCACAGUCGCCGCGUCUCUAGCUAUCAAGGCCUUGGCCUCUCUGGCACAAGCUAUUCCCCCAAUGAACGUCCUAUAAGCCGCCGUUCCUCCACUCAGCCCACGUUUGAAGGCGCAGAAUUCAGAUUCGCUCCCACCUCCCGGGGCCUCGACCGCGUGGAUUCGAUGUCGACGGUCCCAGACAUCUCAAUUAAUAACGGCAUUCCAGAAACGCCUUCGGUAGAUUACGAUGCACAGAAUGUUGGUGCAGAUGAUGACUUCUUCGCUGGUGUCCAUACGCCCGCCACGCCACCCGAGCGAACGGUGCAUGACCUUGUCUCGAUCUCAACUGCUGGUGCUGGUCCUUCUGUGCAAUUAGUCGAACGCAUGUCCGCCGCCGUGCGCCGAUUAGAGAGCGAGAAAGCAGUGCUUAAGGACGAACUAGCGCGACUGGCGCAGCAAAGAGAUGAGGCGAGAGAGCAAGUAGUGGAGUUGAUGCAAGACAAUGCCGGAAAGAAGGCUGUAGAUGAGAGGGUCAAGGUGUUGGAGAGGGAUUUUGGGGAUAUCAAAGCGAGGCAUGACACUACCUUAGAGAUGUUAGGGGAGAAGAGUGAAAGGGUCGAGGAGUUGAAGGCUGACAUUGUGGAUUUGAAAAUUUUGCUAAGAGAGAUGGUUGAAGAGAGGGUUAAAUGA